GGUGGUGGUGGAGGGUUGCGUAUCCUCCUCGGUUGCGUCCUCUUCCUGCUCAUCGUGUCCACGCUGCUCGGGAACAUGCUGGUUUGCGCCGCCGUGGUUCGUUUCCGCCACCUUCGCUCCAAAGUCACCAACUUCUUCGUGAUUUCGCUGGCCGUGUCCGACCUGUUCGUGGCCGUGCUGGUGAUGCCGUGGGAGGCCAUCACCGAGGUCACCGGCACCUGGUUGUUCGGGCGAUUCUGCAGUGUUUGGAUCGCCUUCGACAUCAUGUGCUCCACGGCGUCUAUUUUGAACCUGUGUAUCAUAAGCGUGGACCGAUACUGGGCCAUCGCGAGCCCGUUCAAAUACCAGCGGAAGAUGACCCACCGGGUGGCGUUCGUCAUGAUCGGCGUGGCGUGGUCUUUGUCCAUCCUCAUAUCUUUUAUCCCGGUGCAGCUCAACUGGCACCAGGAAGGGAUGGAGGACUUGAUGGUGGAAAUGAUGGUGGGAAACGGCGGGAACUUCACAAACAGCAGCAGCGGCUUCAAUGCCAAAAGCUGCGUCGCCAACUUGAACAAAACAUACGCCAUCUCCUCCUCGCUCAUCAGCUUCUACAUCCCCGUGGUGAUCAUGAUCGCCACGUACACCCGCAUAUACCGGAUCGCUCAGAUGCAGAUUCGCCGCAUCACGUCUCUGGAGAGGGCGGCGGAGCAGGCGCAGAACCAAGGCCACGGCGCGAACAGAAACCAGCAUCACCAUCACAGGUCCAACGACGAAGCCUCGCUCAAGUCGUCCUUUAAGAAGGAAACCAAAGUCCUGAAGACCCUCUCCAUCAUCAUGGGGGUUUUCGUCUUCUGCUGGCUGCCGUUCUUCGUGCUGAACUGCUACAUCCCGUUCUGCGACCCUCCAUGCGUAAGCGACACAACCUUCACCGUUUUCGUGUGGUUCGGAUGGGCCAACUCCUCCCUGAACCCGGUGAUUUACGCCUUCAACGCAGACUUCCGACGCGCCUUCGCCACCAUUCUUGGAUGCAACAAAAUGUGCUCCAACAACACGGUGGACGCGGUGAACUUUAGCGACGAGCUUGUUUCCUACCACCACGACACGACACUCCACAAGGAGGCGCUGGUUCCCGUGCAGCCGCAGCGGCAUCCUCGCACAAUAAACGCCGCUGGGUCGGACAGCCUGGAGGACGCUCAGAUUGACGAGGAGUCGAUCAUCUCCAACAGACUGCUGCUGCUUCCUGCCACCGUGCAGCUGGAGGACGAUCCUGAACUUUCUCUGGAGACGAUCACGCCGUUCACCUCGAAGAAUGAAGCUCUUAUUCCAGGACAAGUCCAUCAGGACGGAUAG